AUGUCCCUUUCCCACGACCGUCACGAUUUCAAGCUGGAAACAUCAUUCGAGACGAAUCCAAGAUGUAUCGUUCAUACAGCCCACGAGUCAGAUCCUGAGUUGGAGAUCCGCAAAGUUGUGGUGCAAGAGCGAUGGGUGCCGCGAAAACCAGAAUCGGGAUUUGGUCUAUUCGGUCCAGUUCGUCUUGAGGAACAAUUGGAUCCGUCUCCAGACUGUGCCAGAGUGCAGAGAGCCGUGAAAGUUUUACACAAGCAACGGAUGAAGAGACGGAAUUUUGAUUAUAGGAAAGAACUGCUUGCUCUGGCCAAGUUCUCGCGGUCGAAGUUUGUUUUGUACUAUGUUGAAUUUCUGGGAUGGUUCGAGGAUGAUAAUCGUAUUUAUCUUGCCAUGGAAAACUUGCACCUCGGAACAUUGAAGACAUUCAUCAACGACGAUUUGAAGGAAUGUGAUGCUCAAGUCAUCUCUGUGCAAUUGCUGGAAGGGCUCAAGAUUAUGCAUGAAGAAGGCUUUACGCAUCGAGACUUGAAACCGGAGAACAUCUUUGUCGUCCAAAGUGCACAAAAGUGGUGGGUUAAAAUUGGAGGCUUCGAAUCAGUAAACGAACCUCGAACCACGAUACCGCGCUGCUCACAGCAACAGGGACACCAUCAUAUUGGGCACCGGAAGUUGUCCACUUCAUCAUCGAGGGACAUGAGGAUACUGACGAAUAUACUAAUGCGGUGGAUAUAUGGUCCGUCCGGUGUUUGA